CUUUCUGUACUAUCCAACACUAAUUCUCCUACCAACACUCACUCCGGAAUCUUUGUACGGCUGCCGGCCAAAAUAACAUUGUUAAAUAAUGAUGCAACAAACAAAACACAUGUUUCAGCCCAUGCUGAUUGGCUUGCGGACAUUGGCGACACGCGGGGUGACCACAACCACAGCGGCGGCGCCCGCCAAAAUUGAAAAAACUGUAAACACCGUAACCAUUUUGGGGCGCGUCGGGGCCGAUCCUCAACUGCGGGGAUCCCAGGAGCAUCCGGUGGUCACGUUCUCCGUCGCCACCCACACCAACUACAAAUACGAGAACGGGGACUGGGCUCAGCGCACAGACUGGCAUCGCGUGGUGGUUUUCAAGCCAAACCUGCGCGACACCGUACUUGAAUACCUGAAGAAGGGACAGCGAACCAUGGUGCAGGGCAAGAUCACCUACGGAGAAAUAACUGACCUGCAAGGAAACCAGAAGACCAGCACCAGCAUCAUAGCCGACGAUGUGCUCUUCUUCCGCGACGCCAACAACUAGUACAUAAGCAAAAAAGACCAUACCUAAUCUUAAGAGAAACGUUUAACUUGAAGCAUUGUUUGCAUUUAGGUGUUCAAAGAAAUAUUUUGUCGGAUUAAAGGCGUAGAUACUUUGAA